UUCGCCGCUGACAUUAGGAUCCACAUUGCCCAAGUGAACAACCUUUUCUGGCUCUAGAGCGGAGUGCAGAUCCCCCCAAGAGCUGAGGUAUAAAACCGUAGACAGCGGGCGGAAGACGGAACACAUUUCUACAUAUCACAACAACAAAAGUCCUCCAACAUGGCCUCGCAAGACAUAGCAGUCCACCCCAAGGGGUCUACGGUCCCCUUCUUCAUCAACGGCAAGGAGGUCGUGGCUGACAAGACCUUCGACGUCGUCAACCCGGCGACGGGCAAGAUCGUCCACAAGUGCAGCAGCGCCAGCCAGGCCGACGCCCAGGCCGCCGUUGACGCCGCGGCCAAGGCGCUUCCCGCAUGGAAGGCAAUGGUGCCGACCAAGCGGCGUGAGGUCUUCCUGAAGGCCGCUGAGAUCCUGGAGAAGAGGCGUGACGAGCUGGCCACAAACAUGGUCGAGGAGGUCGGCGUGCCCAGGCAGUGGGCCGACUUCAACCUCUCCGUCGCCAAGGACCUCAUCCUCGACGUCGCCGGCAGGCUCGUCACCAUCGAGGGCUCCAUCCCCACGCCCCAGGACCCCAACACCGGCGCCCUUGUCGUGAAGGAGCCCUAUGGAGUCGUGCUGGCCAUCGCGCCCUGGAACGCCCCCUACAUCCUCGGGGCCCGCUCUGUCAUCUUCCCCAUGGCCGCCGGUAACACGGCAGUCUUCAAGGCCAGCGAGCUAAGCCCCAAGACCCACUGGGGGAUCGCCUCUGUCUUCGCCGAGGCCGGGCUUCCGGCUGGUGUGCUCAACGUGAUCGUUCACGAGCCCGCCAACGCGGCCGCCAUCACGAGCCAGCUCAUAGCGAACGAGCACAUCAAGAAGAUCAACUUCACCGGGUCCACCAUGGUGGGCCGCAUCAUCGGCAAGCUGGCCGGCGAGCAGCUCAAGCCCGUGCUGCUCGAGCUCGGCGGCAAGGCGCCCGCCAUCGUGUGGGAGGACGCGGAUCUGGGCCUGGCCGCCGACCAGUGCGCGCUGGGCGCGUUCCUGAACUCGGGCCAGAUCUGCAUGUCUACCGAGCGCAUAAUCGUGCACAAGGCCGUCACCGCCGAGUUCGAGAAGAAGCUGCUCGCCAGCAUCGACAAGUUCUUCCCCUCCAGCGGCGACGCCCCCGUGCUCAUCCGCGAGGUCGCUGUCGAGAAGAACAAGAAGCUGCUCAAGGACGCAAAGGACAAGGGCGCCACGCUCCUGAACGGCGACUAUGAGGCCCAGGAGUCCUCGUCGACACGCCUGCGGCCCAUCGUGGUCAAGGGCAUCAAGGAGGACAUGGACCUGUACAAGACCGAGUCCUUCGGCCCUACCGUGGCCCUGUACGAGGUUGACACCGAGGAGGAGGCACUUCGGAUCGCCAACGACACAGAGUAUGGCCUGUCGUCUGCUGUCUUCACCGAGGACCUCAGGAGGGGGCUGAGACUUGCCAAGGGGAUCGAGACCGGCGCCGUCCACAUCAACUCGAUGAGCGUACAUGAUGAGUCCGCCCUUCCGCAUGGUGGCGCAAAGAGUUCCGGCUACGGGAGGUUCAACUCGAUUGGUCUGGACGAGUGGGUGAGGACCAAGACGAUCACCUACAGGCACUAGGAAUCUCGC